AUGAGGAUGAACCAAAAAACUUGUUUGUGGAUUCAGUCAUUCACAAAUGUAUGAGAAGAACAAAAAGAAGAGAGGAAACAAAUCAUUUCAAACAUAAGUAUUUCCAUUAAUUUUUUUCAUGGUUUCAACAGCUGCACGCGUCAUCUUGUUAUUCAAUAACCCAAUUUAUCCUCAAUACUCACAUUACAAUUUUAUUUUAUUUUUUAAAAUAAUAAUCAAUAGCUAGUAGAGGCGUUAUUUAACAAAAACUUAGUAGUGGUGCAUGCAUGUCUUCUAACGUGAAUUAUAAAGGGAGAGGAAGAUGAGUGAAAUUUUUCAAAGUAGUAACAAUAUAACCAACCUAACAUUAAAAAAAUCGAAAUCAAAGUGAUAAGAUUAGAUUCUAUGAAACGGAAAAGAAUACUCCAGCAACGUCACCAUGUAUAUGUAUUUAAUUACGUUCGUAUAAAUAGGCAUCAUCAUUCAUCACUCGACAUAUCUCCAACACUUUCUCAUUCUCUCCAAUCACACAACCAAAGCCCUUUCUUUAUCGAUCCUUCCAAGACAAAGAGCAAAGAGUUAACGUAUAUAAUGGCAAACGGUGGCGAUCUCCGUCCUACCGCCGCAGGAGCAUCAAUCGAACGAGCGUCUCCGGUGGUCCCUCCACCUCCACGUGAAAUCCCCACCGCCAAUAUCCCUCCUGCAAGAUUCACCGCACCAAACAGAGUCAAUCUUACUGAAGAUAAUCAGUCUUUACUCAACUCAAUUCGCUCCUCCGCCGCCUUGACUCCUCAAGAAAGGAACACGUUGUUCAACUUAAUGACUAGCAGCGAAGAAAACGGUGCGGCUCAGUUUAGAGAGGUGGUCUCAAGAAGCGAUCUUCGGAGGAUGGCCUUGUUUCUGACGUCAGAUCUCGAUCGUUUCUUGGAGAUGGCAAGAAACAAGAACGGCUCCAACCGCAUACAGGAGCUACUCGGAAGAACAGACGACUUGGACACCUACUUCUUUAACGCUAUCUUGAGCCGCUUCGACCACAUCAUGACCGACUAUGAGGCGUCCCGCGUUGCGAUGCAAGGGAUGCGAGUUUUCAGCGAGGAGAAGAAGACAGAAAUGUGCAGCUACGUUCGCCACCACGCGAUUCCCCUGGCGUGUGACCGAAGCGGCUACGCCGUGCUGAAAGAAAUCAUAAACGUCUGGUCCAGCUUGGGCCAUUUUUUCUACAGAGACCAGCUCUUGGACAUAGUCGCGCGGAACGCUCUCUACUUAAGCUACGAUGCUCAUGGGAACUACGUGGUCCAACACGUGCUUCGACUGAAUGACUUGCGUUGCACGCAUAACGUUGCAGUUAGCCUCAGGGGGUGUUGCUUUGGCCUCUCGUUUACGAAGUUUGGAAGCUUUGUCGUGCAGAAGCUUUUGGAUACAGAGGAGGAGGCGGUUAUGGUUGUGAGAGAGUUGGUGCGGUGUGAUGAAGAGAGAUUGGUGAGGCUGGCGAGGAGUGAUUACGGGAAUUACGUGUUGGUGAAGGCACUGAGAGUGAUGCAGGAGAGUAAUAGGAUCGAUUUGUUUUGGGAUUUGGCGAAUAAGCUCAGGCCCUACGUUCAUCUCUUGCGUGGACGCAACGUUGGUGCAUUCUUGUACUGGCUUCGUUAGAUUUGUCACAAUGCCUGCAGGUUCUAUUGCUACGAUAUAUGCUGAAAGUUAUUAGAUUCUCUGUGGUUUGCUUAAUGAACUCUUGUAAUGAGAUUUGUCACUAAUGAUGGUAAGCGAGCCACAUUUGAUUCAACACAAAGUGAGUGUAAAUGAUAAAAUGGAUUGUUACCAUUGCCUUAUCACCAUGAUCAUGAGGAUGGAUUCAUUCACAAUGUAUGGGAAGAACAAAAAAAAGAGAGGAAUUAAUCCAUUUCAAACAUAUUGAGACUGGACCAACAUAAGUAAAACCUGCAGGUUUGACAAAUUUAGUUAUCUUGACAAUUUUAAAAUUUGAACUAAUAUAUAGAUUACUGUUACUUUUAAUUAACAAAUCUUAAUUGUAGUUAGUAUGGUGAAUGAGAUUACGUAUGACGGUAUGAGCCCUUACAUGCUUAUACUGCUGGAUUUUGUUUUAUAUUUUUCAAGUUCUACAACAUUUUAAUUAAAAUUAUUUACAGUGCAAUGUUGAAAAUUUUAUUUCCAAAAAUGAAUCUAUGAAUAAUAAGAGAAUUUCUACCAAUAGUAAAGAAAACAAAAAGAAAUUCGCUAUAUGAUUUUAUCACUCGCUACAUGAUGAGGUAAUUGGAGUUGAAGAACAAAAACAAUUUCGAAGGAUAAUUUGAGUAGCCUGUCAUUAACAUUAAAAGUCCAAAGAUAUAUUCAGUGACAAUAUUUGGGAAGAAAGAACAAAUGAAAAUUCUUUCAAAUUAUGGAAUGGUAUACCAAACUUGCUACUUUUGAAAGCAAUUAAAUCUUUAGAAAGACUGAAUUUUAUAAAAAAUACAAAUAAUAAAGGGGGAAAAUGGGUGAGUGAUUUGAAAAAAAAGGGGUAUAUGUUAGCCUACCAGAUCUCUUAAAGUUACUAUGUAGUCUUUUUUUUUUAAGCCGACAAUUCUACCUACCGCAUAUGAAGAUUCACUUUUGAAUCUAUCGCCUGAAACUUUUUUUCUUUUAAUUCGUAUAAUUCCGCAUUCUCCGGGAAUUGAAACUUAAACUUCCUGAUAUAAAAGUAUUAAUGAAUUUUU